GACCAGGAGCGGGGUCUUCGUCGUCGUCGUCGUCGCUCGGUCCCAACUGAGCAGCUCAUAGCCCCCCCCCCCCUCCAUCCCUGCCACGGCUGCUGUUGAGCUUGCUUGCUGAGUGCCCCUCCCCUUCCGCUGCUGCUGCUCUUCGUAUAUGUACAUUUGUCCGUAUCUCGUUUCUGGAGCGUUCUGAGGUGCUUCUCGUUUCACAUGCACCUCUUGCAUUUCAUCUGCCUCUUCGCCCUGUUUCCUCCUCUCCCCAUGCCCCUCUUUCUUCAUUCCCCUCUACCUGCACUACUGCUGCCAUGUGUUUUCUUCCGCUUGCGUCAUGCUUGAUUCCCCACUGGUAGCAUCGUUGCAUCAUCAAUAGCGAAGCCACGGGACUCCACGAGCUGAUUGAGUGCGCAGAUCCCCUCUGAUUGCGGCUGACCGAGUAUGGUGGGUUCCGGCAACAAGACUGCGAAUGCAGAGAGUUCGAACGAACCCUCUGUUUCGUCCAAGGAUGGCAGCCUCAUGGCGAUGGGUCGUCCUGCCAGUGUGGAAACUGUGACAAGUAAUUUUCAGAAAGGUGCAGCGUUAGAGAAUGAGAGGCGGCAUUUGUUUUGGGAGACCCAGCCCGUCGGCAAUUACCAGGAUGGUUUGGGCGAGGGUCCGAUUGAACCUGCGCAACCUGUCUCCGAGGUCCGCCAGGAGCCCUAUAACCUUCCUAGCACAUACGAAUGGUCCACGUGCGAUCUCAAAGACGAACAGACUAUAAAGGAGGUUUAUACCCUAUUGACUAAUAACUACGUAGAGGACGAUGAUAACAUGUUUCGGUUUGACUACUCGGUCGCAUUUUUGCGGUGGGCGCUCACUCCUCCAGGCUACUUUCCGAGUUGGCAUAUAGGCGUUCGUGCUAAGAGCUCAAAGAAACUUGUUGCUUUCAUCACGGGAAUUCCUGCAAGGAUUCGUUCGCAUGAAACGGUCGUGCCAAUGGCGGAAAUCAACUUCUUAUGUGUGCACAAGAAACUCAGAUCAAAACGGCUUGCCCCUGUAUUGAUUAAAGAGGUCACGAGGCGGGUUCACUUGGAGAAUAUGUGGCAGGCAGCAUACACGGCGGGUGUGGUUCUUCCUACUCCUAUUGCCACUUGCCAGUACUGGCACAGGCCUUUGAAUCCCAAGAAACUAAUUGAAGUGGGGUUCUCGAGGUUGGCACCUCGCAUGACGAUGAGUCGGACUAUUAAACUCUAUCGAUUACCUGAGGAGGCAACUACUCCAGGAUUCAGACCUAUGGAACGAAGGGAUGUUGUGGCAGUGACGAAGCUUUUGCAGACCUAUCUUGCGCAGUUCCAGGUCGCUCCACAUUUUUCCGAGGACGAUGUUGAAUAUCUGCUCCUUCCCAUCGACAACGUCAUCAAUAGCUUUGUUGUGGAGAAUUCAGAGACUCAUGAAAUCACAGAUUUUGGUAGUUUUUACGCACUUCCGUCCACUAUUAUUGGAAAUCAGAAUUAUUCGUUGCUGAAGGCAGCAUACUCCUACUACAAUGUGGCUACGUCGAUUCCGCUUCUACAACUCAUGAACGACGUCCUUGUCAUGGCCAAGCAGAGGGAUUACGACGUGUUCAAUGCACUAGAUGUCAUGCACAACGAGACAUUUCUGAAGGAGUUGAAAUUUGGGCCUGGUGAUGGUCAGCUACAUUAUUACCUUUACAACUACCGACUUCGAGCACCGCUGAAACCUACUGAGAUGGGGCUAGUGCUUCUGUAGUUGUCCUAUGCAGAUAUCGUUUCAGUUGCUGCCGAUACCGUCAACCCUAUCCUUGAUUUAUUAACGUUGGUUCACCUAGCACUUAAUCCUGAUCUGGUAGCCAAGAAAUGUAGACUACACAAUGGUUUGAGUAUUUUGUUGUUUUCAUUUAAUGUGUUGUCAGUGAUGGAGGUUCCUUAUUGCACAUGCUAGUCUUAGAGUGAGAGAUUAGAAGUAUUAGGGCGUCUGAUAGAGCAUGGAUAUCAUACAUCUCAGAUAGUUUAAAAGCAGGUCGCCUUCUGGUAUUGCCGUCCGUGUCUACUGUUGUGAAAUGCGAAUCUAGCCUCAGGCUUGAGUGGCGGCAUAUUUUAGACGGCCGAAUUUGCUUGUCUGCGUCUAAAAGUUUUCCGAGCUAGUGCACCUGACCAGGACAGUGGUAUGUAGUUUUGAUAACAUUGUGGAUCAACGGCUUGUUGGAUGCUAAAACAUUGGGGAUUAUGUUAGAAUUGGUAGUGCGUAUACGAUCAACUAAGAGAUUCAUGCUUGGACUCUUUCCUCAGAUUUAUGCGAACUUUACAAAUAUGCUAUCACUGCAGCCCCAGUUCUUACUGGCAGCCUUGCUGUAAUCAACUUGUGUGUUACUAACUAG